UAUUUCUGGAUUGGGAUCACUAGAAAUCAUAUGAAUGAAAGCUGGAUUUGGAUUGGGAAUAACAGCACGUGGAUUGGUAACAAUUCGUGGGCACCAAAUGAACCAAAUAAUGUCCAUGCAACAGAGUUUUGUGUAGAGAUCUACACGAACACAGGAGAAAAUCGAGGGAAGUGGAACGACGAGAAAUGCAGCAAAUUAAAAUAUGCAGCAUGUUUUAAAACCCAGUGCAAUGAAUCAUCCUGUGAAAGAGGAAGAUGCCAGGAGGCCAUCAACAGUACAACCUGCCUCUGUGAACGUGGCUUUAAGGGAGACAGGUGCCAAACAGCUGUGGAAUGCCUCCCUCUCUCUAAGCCUUAUAAUGGACACCAUAGCUGCUCAGGAGGAAAUCGAACCUUCAACACGACCUGUCGAUUGAAGUGUGACCCUGGCUUCUUCAUAAAUGGCUCGUCAUUUGUCACCUGUGAAGACACUGGGGACUGGAGUGGGCCGAGACCUACUUGUGCAGCAACCUGUCAUUUUAAGUGUGACCCUGGCUUCCUCGUGAUUGGCUCACCAGCUGUCACUUGUGGAGAGACCAGAGUCUGGAGUGGCCCAAGACCUACUUGUACAAGCUAUAAACAGGCUCUGUUGGCUUUAGCUGGAUGUGGAGCCCUCUCUACCUUCUGCUGCAUCUGUUUUUGUUGCAUAAAACACAGACAAAGAAAGAAACUUUCCCAAGAAAGGCUGCCCGAAGAAGGAAGUCCACCCUGUGAUACACAACCGUAAACAACGUCCCACGUCUUAAUUAGAAUAGAUUUGACACCAAGACAGUUCACUGGUCUCCUUGCAUCAUGCACUGGAUGCUGAUUCAAAUAUCAGUCAGCUAAGGCUUUUGCCUAAUAUGUUGUAAAAGUUACAUUUGAUAUGUUGCAUACUUAUAAAUUAUGUAAUUGUGUAUAUUCGAGGGUUUGUCAUCAUGGUAUGGUUCAGACACGUGUGCCGCAUUCUUGUAAAUUGCUUUGAAAUGUAAAUGUGAAUAAAAAUAAUGUUUUAGUGA